CAACCAUCUCGAGGAGCGAGUGUCGGAACAGGUGGUGGGCAAUCCAUUUGAAGAGCAGCCCGGCCAGCACUUGAGUGGGCUCUAGAAUCAACUGAAGCAUCAUUUAAGAAUCGUUAGUGCAAUGUCCGACGUGGAAUUGGAGCAACAGCAGCCCCAACAGAUGCUGGCGCAGACGCCGCCGCCGCCGACGCGACGACGACGCCAGGCGCACUCGCGCUGCGAUGGCGGCUAUACGGGCGUCCAGGAGAAACGCUCGCAGCAGGCGCUGGCGGAUCAGCUGUCGUCGUGCCCGUUGCGGCACGGCGUCGAGGACGACUGGACGUGGAGCAAGCGCUAUCGCUCCAAGGAGGUGGUGCUCAGUGGUCUCAAUUCGCGCACCGUCCACUUUCAUCCCAACUGGAGCAAAGGCACCGCUGGCAUUCAGGGCAAGCGCGCCCUCAACAACGGCCGCUAUUACUGGGAGCUGCACGUGUCCCAGCGGGUCUUUGGCACCUCCAUUAUGUUUGGCAUCGGCACCAGAUCCUGUCGCCUGCACGCGAACGCCUUCCGCAACAUGCUCGGCGAGAACGAGCACGGCUGGGGCCUCUCCCACAAGGGCAUUCUUUGGCACAAAGGCGUGGCUCUUGUAUACACUAAGGGAUUCCGCGAGAAUCAUCCAACGCAAAUUGGCGUGCUCUACGAUGGCAUUGAAGGCACCUUGACCUACUACAAGGACGGCAAAUGCCUGGGCGUGGCCUUUAGAGGCUUGGAUAAGGUGAACGAACCGCUAUACCCUAUCGUAUGCUCCACGGCUGCCAAGACCGAGAUGACGCUCAAGUGUGCCAGACGGGAAUUCGUUAAUCUUCAGGAUCGGUGUCGGGCGGUGAUAAUGCGAAGAUUACGAACGGCUGGCAAUGUGGAAAAGCUUAAAUUGCCGCUCUCCAUAAGCGAAUAUCUGGGGGAGGUGAUCGAUGAUAUGGAGCCACUGCGUCAGGUAAAUGAGCAGGAGAUGUGCAUGAUUAAUUAUGAUUUAGAAGUGUAAGUCCCGAAGCGUGGCCCGUGAAACUCUCUAUUGUGCCAUAAUUUGGGGGUGUGCACUCUUUGAAAAUAUGAUGAACCGAGUUCUGUAAAUCUCAAGUAUGAAUUUCAAGCAUUUUUCAUGUUACGAAAAGUUUUUUGUUCACAAUUAUUAUUAUGUAAAAAAAAAUAAGAGCAUAAAAACUCUAUUUGUUUUUGUUUGUGAUUUUUCUCUCUAACGCUUUCUGUUGAAAUUGUAGCAAAAAUGUUUCCGGUAAUAGGCCAAUUAGGUGCAAUAUUUGUGAUAUAAGACAGCGGCGGUAAUUCCAAUGGCACCCACAAAUGGCGCCUGUAUAGCAAAAAAAAAAAAAAAAAAUUAUAUAAUAAUAAUAAUUUCUGAUAACUAAAGCUAAGCAAUAUAGAAUUAUACAUUUAUUUUUUGGUACGAGUGUAAAAUCUAGUCAAAGCUGCUUCACUUUUGUCGAGCCCAAAAAGUCUGUAAAAAUUUGGCAGCACAUUAGGCAGCUAAUAAUAUUAAGCAAAUGUUAAUAAUUAAUUAAUUUAAACAAAUCAAGUAGCAUUCCAGUUGUAAACAGUUUCUCUCCGAUUCUAGUCCAAAUGUGCAAAAUUUAGCAUACCCUACGAUCUCUUUCUCUCUUAACUAUAUACAUAUAUAUAUAUCUAUAUAUUGUGCAUAGAUCGUAAGUAUGAAAUUGUUUCAAAACUGCAAGAACACUUUAUAGCACAUAAGAACUUAAGUACUUAUAAAAGCAAGCCUAAAGCAAUCAGACAAAUAAUUUAGUAAAAAUUAUUUAUGUAUUAAUAUUGUAGCUUCUUAGUUUUUUUGGUGUCUAUAUAAAUUACUACGAUUUAUAAAUGGGGCAUGUGUUAAGUAUAAUCAAAUCUGUAGACAAAGGCAUACAACAAUAAAAAUAAUCUAUUAUAUAAUAUGCACAGA